CACACAACUGCAACACGAUACACUGCGCCUCUUGUUCUACCCGCGCAGACAAAUUCACCAAAAACGAACUUAAUGCCGAGCUGGUUCUUGUCAAGUGCGCCGCCAAACCUACUGGGCUGCAACGCUUUCUCCUAUGUCAGCACACCAGCAACACAAACAUGACAACAAUAUCAUCAUGAAGACGAAACACACAUCUCGUCCAUGCCCCAGACGCUUUAGACUUUGCAUCCAGCCAGCUUAGCAUGUACCCACCAACACCCAACCAUGACGGGAUAAUGCAAUGCCGUCAAUACAUGACACGAUGACUGCGCAGCGCACUGCAUCUCAGACACGGAAGUUUGACGCUGUUGACUUACAGCUGCGACUGUCAUGGCAUGGACGGACUGGCGGCGGGUGAAGAUGAAGCCCAACAUAAGAGGCUGCGCGACGCCCUUUGCUUUCCUCGCUUUUCGCCAUUUCAGACGUGCCUAAGCUGACAGCACCAUGUCGCUGUCGACGCCUCCCCGUCCCCCCACGACGCCGUCACCGUCACCGUCACCGAUCCGCUCACGGCCGUCGAGCACGCCCAGCUUCCGCGAUGCCGUCCGCGCCGCGCGCAACCAACCCAUGCCAACGGGCAAAUACAAGGGCACGUGCCUCAAGGACGUGCCGUACCAGUACAUGACAUGGCUGCAGACGAACCGCGCGAGGUUGGCCCGCUUCCCGCAGCUGCAGGGCGCGCUGGAGGUGGUGGCGCGACAGGCCGUGCUGGGCAUGAGGACGCCCACGCCUGCUACGGGGAUGCGCACGCCGCCGACCACUGGGAGGGCAGGGCGGUAUAUUGGCAAGACGCGCGAUGGUGCAAGUGAUGCGUCGUACACGCCCAGUCGGCAAAGCGGUGCCUCGUCCACCGAGUCAUCUUCUGCGUCUGGCCAGUCAUCGAGCGCGUCUGGCGUCACGUCGUCUUCUGCGGGCACGACGGGCAGCGGGGACUCAGUUGCGUCAGAGCCGUCGUCGAGUGGCGGUCCUUCGAGCUUGGCUGGGUCAAACAUUGACGUCCACAUCCCAUCAGUGCCUUCCUCAUCCAUCCCACCGUCCAGCCCCGAUCUCUACGCCAAUCCAACGCCGCCUCCACGCGAACAUUCUCCCCACACACACCAUUACACCCCUCCUGCCGAGGACUUCUUCACCCCGGCACCGCACCUGGACCAUGUCGAUGACGACGAUGAUAUCCAACGCCAACUGCGCGCCGAGCAGUACAGUUCGUCGCCUGAGGCGGGUCGAGGUCGUGUGACGCUGAGGGUCGCAAUGGACAGCGUGAGAGUGUCGCCGACGCGUUUGGUACCGCCGAGUUCGAAGGUGUCGCCUUCCUCUUCCCAUGCAUCGAUAUUGUCCACAUCGCAUGGUCCUCGGGCUGCGAGUGGCGCUUCAGCUUCGAACAAGACUGCAUUGGUGUCGAAUGCAGGCCUCUCAUUUGAUGUCGCUCGGUCGUCGGAUAAGUUGGUUGCGAACCAUACAAACGGUACUGAUGAAAAUACACGCCUGCCAGACGCACCUCGACCCCAGAAUGCACUACACACGCCGUCUGCUUCUCCGCCAUCUUUGCGCAACACAGCACAAACUCCCUUGCCUUCAACUGAGCGUCCUAAUGACAUCCACGAGGAACAUCACCCCACCUCCAGUCGCCGCAAGAAACGCCGCAACCCCUCAUACAGCUCUUCGUCAUCCGACGACGAUGAAGUCCCAUCCCGAAAUCAGAACCACAAGCGCCGCCGCACGCACUCGCCCGUCUACGAACCGAAACUCAAUCUGCAGCAGCUCUUCUGGCAGAUGUCACAGGAGCAAGACACCAAACUCCGAAGCGCAUGCAACGACUCGAAGAUGUACAUGCAGGGCCCGCUGCUAGAAAACAUACGUAAGCAGGUCGCUACCGACUUGUCCAGCGUCGUCGACAAUCUGCGCCAGGACCAAUCGCAGUUGCAUGCUCAUAUCAGUGGCGCGGCACGACAGCUGGAGAAUGCCUUGUUGAAGGAGGUCCGCACUGGCAUCACCCAAAAUGCAGCACGCUUCGCCGAAGUGGAGCGCAGGAUUGGCGAGGUAACGCGAAGUGGUGGAGAGCUUGCAAAGAGCGCGCAUGAUGUCGUCGUGAAAGUUGUUGACAGCGUCGGCAACAACCCCAACAACACCCUACAGAGGGCGACGAGCCUUGGAGAUAGCCGCUUGGAUGGCGUGGAGAAGAGGCAGGACGUCUCGCUCGAGAUGCCCAAGGCCACGACUGAUCCGCUUGUUGUGUCCACCCACGUCGCGUCACUACUCGCCGACUCGCUCAAGUAUGCGGCACAGCAGAACAACGCCUCGGCAAUUUUGGCAUCGCUCCAGAAGAUCCAAUACCGACAGGAGCUCCGUCGCAAGUCGUCGGAAUUGCUGAGGUUGCAGAGUCGCGUCUAUGGAUGUGCCGGUUCCACGCCCAGCUUUGCGCAAGUGCUGGCUUCCGUGUCUUCACACAUGCCGACCAAUCGAGCGUCCAACGUUAUUGACGAACCUACGACCGAUGAUAACGAGUUCGAAAACACGAAACAUACCGACCACUUGAUCAGGCUGGUCGAACAGCAGCGCCGCGCGCAUGAAGUCAUGGCUCUUGCAAAGCAUUACCGAUUCGAUGGAACAACUCGACGUCAUUCGCUGCCGAAAGGGACGGGUCAUGAUGGGUCUCCCAACCACCCCACGUUUACAUCUAUCCUGGCCGACGUGAGCAUGCAGCACCGCAUCCUCGCCAGUCAGAAAGCAGUUCAUGACGUCCUCAAGUACGCCGAGCAGCAAGCUGUCGCCUCCAAGCUCCUCACGUCAAUCCAUCGCAGUCAGUGUCAGGCGGAGAUUCGGCAACUUCACAUCAUGACCAACAUCAAUGACAUCCCACCCACGGUUCCAACCUUCACUUCCAUCUUUGACAGCUUGACGCCCCGGCACGGUUCACUUGCUAGCCGCGCUUGCCAGAAUGCACUUCAUUCUUCAAUGCUGGCAGAGCAGUGUGGAGUUGUUGGUCGGCUGCUUGGGGCUGUGCAGCAGGUGCGAUGCGCUGCUGAGCCGCGUCCGCAGAUAGCGAUGUCGACGAGUCAUCAGCCCAUGCCCAAUUUCGGUUGUAUCCUGGGAAAGGUCGGCGACGAGUACAGCCGUGCUCGGCAGACAAUCAACUCGACUCGGCUUGCGGAGCAGGCACAGCAGGCAUACUCCAUCAUGAUGACUGCUCAUCGAUACUGCCACGUUCGGAAUUGUCCCAGCCAGCCUGUACCGAUCGCUACGUCUCCAUUCCCGACCUUUGCCACAGUUCUGAAGGACUUUACCCGCACCGUGCCCAAAUACGCCAAGCUCGCCGACGUUGCAGACCGUGCCGCCAUGCAGCUCACCAACGCGAACAGAUUAUCCACUCAGCAUCGAGACGCGACUUACGUUCUUGUAGCGGCCCAGCGCUGCAUGGACAAGCCGCACUUCCGCACUCAUGAUGUACACCUGCCUGCCACCCUACCGCCAAUCCCCACCUUUGCCGCGACGCUUGAACGUACCACACUUACCAAUGGCACCGCCCGCGCCGUUCUCGAGCACAAGACCUUGGUCAACGCCACAGCACAAGUCUCCGCGCACCUCACCAACACGACCAGACUAUCUGCCCAGCUCCAAUCCGCUACUCACACCUUGGCCAUGGUCCAGAAAUUCCAGUUCCGCGCCGAGAAACCAUCCAUACCCACCAACACCACCAUGCCCGAUCCUGAUGUCCACCCCAUUCUAUCUGCAAUCCCCGGUACCAAGCUCAAUCUCGCCGUGUGGUCUCUCCACGAUCAGUCUACUAUCUUCGAUCGCGACCGACGAAUCCAGACCUUGGAAACAGCAGCUCUGAGGCUGCAGGAUGCGGGGCUGUUGGCCAGGAGGGAGGGUAGGCGGCUGAGGGGGGUAGUCGGAGAAUUGCAGGAUGCGGGAGUAGUGGGAGCGAUGCGCAGUUUGGAGUUGUGAGGUGGAAUAUGGCGAGAUAAAUCUGUGGAGGUAUGGAUGGGUUUGGAAAUUCGAUACGUAGUAUUCCGGAAUUCAAUGACUUGCAGUCAACGUGCGUUUCAUGUCGCUCGUGGGAAUAACUCAAGGUGCAAUGUUCAAUCAUCUUCAUUGUCGCAGCUCUUCUCAGUUCGGGAACUUAGAAAUCUGCAUAAGCAUUACCAUUCAUUCGAUAACGCCAAUGCCAAUUCUAUGCUUCUCGGAAGCGAGAGUCUAGAUGGUGAAGGGAAUCGUCAGUCGGGUUCCGCUUUGUCU